UUAAACCGGGAAUGGCGACGCAGUGAAGAGGAGACAAUGCACCGCCGUAGACUUGAGUGACGCGCCCGAGUUCGGUUGCUUGUGUGCGGCAAACUGGUUUGUCCAUGGAGAACAUCUUUGCCUUUUGAUUUGUAAGUCCCCGCAAUUCCCUCCCCAAAACAACAACAACAACAACAAAACCAGAAGAAGAAGAGGAAGAGCGGACUCUUUGGUGGAUGCUGCAAGUUGGAAGGAGGACUUUUGCCACCCCUCCUACUUGAUUUUCGCACCCCGUCCGAAACACUCCGAGCCCACGUCCGCACUGGUUGCAAAGCACUUUGGAUGAACUUCCUGAUGAGAGAUCCAGUCAUCCAGGGCUCGAGUAUGGCAUAUCAUCCGUUUAUACCUCACCGGGGUCCGGAAUUUGCCAUGAGCGCCAUGCUGGGCCACCAGCCGCCCUUCUUCCCGGCUCUGGCGCUGCCCCCCAGCGGCUCGCUCUCGCUGCCGGGCGCCCUGAGCAAGCCGAUCAUGGAUCAGCUGAUGGGGGGAGCGGCCGACUCCGGGCUCCACUUCUCCUCGCUGGGCCACCAGGCCGCCGCGGCGGCCGCUGCGGCGGCGGCGGCGCACCUCCGGCCGCUCAAGAGCCUGGAGCCCGAGGAGGAGGUGGAGGACGACCCCAAAGUGCACCUGGAAGCCAAGGAGCUGUGGGAGCUCUUCCACAAGAGGGGCACCGAGAUGGUGAUCACCAAAUCCGGAAGGCGGAUGUUCCCCCCCUUCAAAGUGAGGUGCACGGGCCUGGACAAGAAGGCCAAGUACAUUCUCCUGAUGGAUAUCGUGGCGGCCGACGACUGCAGGUACAAGUUCCACAACUCCCGCUGGAUGGUGGCGGGCAAGGCCGACCCGGAGAUGCCGAAGAGGAUGUACAUCCACCCGGACAGCCCCGCCACGGGGGAGCAGUGGAUGUCCAAGGUGGUCAACUUCCACAAGCUCAAGCUCACCAACAACAUCUCCGACAAGCAUGGAUUUGUAAGUUCCACUAAUACCAUUUUGAACUCCAUGCAUAAAUAUCAGCCCCGCUUUCACAUCGUGAGGGCCAACGACAUCCUUAAGCUGCCCUACAGCACCUUUCGGACUUACGUGUUCCCCGAGACCGACUUCAUCGCGGUGACUGCUUAUCAGAACGACAAGAUAACUCAGCUUAAAAUCGACCACAACCCAUUCGCCAAAGGCUUCCGUGACACCGGCAACGGUCGACGGGAAAAGAGGAAGCAGUUGGCCCUGCAGUCCAUCCGCUCGUACGAGGAGCAGCAGAAGAAGGAGAACGGAGCUUCGGACGACUCCUCCGGGGAGCAGGCCCCCUUCAAGUGCUUCGGUCAGGCCUCCCCCCCUGCCGUGGCCACCGUGGGGCCCCCGCACCUGAAAGACUUUUGCGACAGCGACGAGGACAGCGACGACGAGAGCAAAGACGGCCACGUCAAAGACGGUCCCGACUCCAGCAAGAUCUCCACCACCACGGAGGACGGCAAAGAGCACGAGGCCAGCCCGGCCAAGGGCCACCUGUUCGGGGGAGGAGGCGACCCCCCCGGCCGCACCCGCGACGUCAGCCCGAGGACUGAGCGAGGCCGGGCGGACUCUCGACAGAGCCCCGUCACCGUCAUCUCCAGCACCACUCGCUCCGGGGAGGACGCGAAGAGCCCGAGCCUGGACCCGGCCAAGGAGGACGAGAGCCGGCCGCCGGGCAAGGACGCCUUCGUGCCUUUGACUGUGCAGACGGACGGCGCGCACAUGCAAGGCCAUCACGGCCACGUGCCCAACUUCGGAUUUCCCAGCGGCCUGACCGGACAGCAGUUUUUCAACCACUUGGGAGGCGCGCACCCGUUCCUCCUGCACCCGGGUCAGUUCAACAUGGGCGGCGCCUUCUCAAACAUGGCCGCGGGCAUGGGCCCCCUACUGGCCGCCGUGUCCACGGGAGGGGUGGGCACCGUGGACACCAGCAGCAUGGCGUCCUCCCCUCAGAGCCUGACGGGGGCUCCGGGCCUGCCCUUCCAUCUGCAGCAACACGUCCUGGCCUCGCAGGGUCUGGCCAUGUCCCCCUUCGGAAGUCUCUUCCCCUACCCCUACACGUACAUGGCGGCGGCCGCAGCGGCCUCGUCCGCGGCCGCCGCCUCGUCGUCCUCCUCGGUGCACCGGCACCCCUUCCUGAACGCGGUGCGGCCCCGGCUCAGGUACAACCCCUACUCGCUGCCCAUGACGGUACCUGACAGCACCCUCCUCACCGCCGCCGCCUCGGCCAUGGCCCCCCUGGGGGCCGACCUGAAGGGGGACGUGCUGGUUCCGGCCAGCCCGGUGUCGGCCCUCGACUCCACGUCGGAGGUGACCAGCCGCUCGGUGUCGCCCAAAUUGUGCGCGGAGAAGGAGGGCGCCACCGAGCUGCAGAGCAUCCAGCGCCUCGUCAGCGGGCUGGACUCCAACCAGGACAGGUCAAGAAGCGGGUCGCCCUAAGGUGGGGUGGGGCGGGGCGGGCGGGUGGGUGGGGUAGGGUGGGGGGACGCCCCGCCCCCUUCUCCUUCCCUCAAUCCCCCACCUCACCCACACACUCUUCUUUUUUUCAUUUCUCCUUUCAUUUUCAAGGCGACCCAAAUAUCUUGAAAGAGAACAGGAGGACUUUGUUCAUAGCAGGUUUUUUGUUUUUUUUUUAAAAAAGGAGAGAAAAUUCAAAACAAGAAACAUGUGUUAGUUUCUGAAAUGCACUUUGGUUUAAUUCACAUCUGAUAUGUAUUUUUUUUUUUCGUUUUAAAUUAAAAAAAACAACACUUAA